ACUUUAUUGCAGCUUUUUGUCACCGCCCUUGCUGCCGCCGCCCUCAACUUUACAGGCAAGGCGUAGCUCACCUAAAACGAACUGUUUUGGCUUGAAACCCCGACGCAAGCGCACUUCCUGGGUAGAAAAACUAAAGUUUGCUCUGCUCUGUUGCAGUUGAACAUAAUAUCAAAAACAUAAGGAUAAUGUCAAGGUUUCUUUUGAGAUCCAACCUCAGAGGAUGCAUCGCCUCUCAGAUUAGAAUGGCAUCUGAUCAGCUUGGCGAGUUGGGAAAGGGAGCAGGGAAAGGUGGAGGCGGAGGAGGCUCUGUGAGGGAGGCAGGAGGUGCAUUUGGAAAGCGACAAGUAGCAGAGGAGGAGCGGUACUUUAGGCAGAAGGAGAAGGAGCAGAUGGAAGCACUGAAGAAGCAUCAUGAAGAGGAGAUUGAUCACCACAAAAAGGAGAUUGAGCGCCUUCAGAAGGAAAUCGACCGCCAUAAGGGAAAAAUCAGGAAGCUCAAACAUGACGACUGAAGCUGGGAAACCUGUUGUCAUUUCUCUUCCUGAGAGUCCGGCCAUCUUAUUGUCAAGUCAAUGAUUAUCAGAUAUUGAUUGAUUUACUUGCUGCUCAGGGCAGGUCCUGUAUGAGACAUCAUGAAUAUAAAAAGUACCAAUAAAGUGCUUACUUUUUUCACUUA